GACUCGGCGUAGGGGUUGGCGCCGGUUCGGGUCUUGCGGUCGCGGGCUUACGCUGAGUGCGCCCAGCCCGCCCUCUCCGCGGCGCCUCGGCCCCGGUGCGCCGCCGCGGCUCAUGGGGAGAGUCGGCCGGGCAGGCCGGCAUUAAACUGGAAAGAUGUCCCUGUACGAUGACCUGGGAGUAGAGACCAGUGAUUCAAAAACAGAAGGCUGGUCCAAAAACUUCAAACUUCUGCAGUCUCAGCUUCAGGUCAAGAAGGCAGCUCUCACUCAGGCCAAGAGCCAGAGAACGAAACAGAGUACAGUACUUGCCCCAGUAAUUGACCUAAAGCGAGGUGGCUCUUCAGACGACCGGCAGAUCGUGGACACGCCCCCGCACGUCGCAGCUGGCUUGAAGGAUCCUGUUCCCAGUGGAUUCUCUGCAGGAGAAGUUUUGAUUCCUUUAGCUGAUGAAUAUGAUCCCAUGUUUCCUAAUGAUUAUGAGAAAGUAGUGAAGCGCCAAAGAGAAGAACGACAGAGGCAGCGGGAGCUGGAAAGACAAAAAGAAAUAGAAGAGAGAGAAAAGAGGCGUAAGGACAGACAUGAAGCUAGUGGGUUUUCAAGGCGACCAGAUCCAGAUUCUGAUGAAGAUGAAGAUUACGAGCGAGAGAGGCGGAAAAGAAGUAUGGGCGGAGCUGCCAUUGCGCCACCCACUUCUCUUGUAGAGAAAGACAAAGAGUUACCCCGAGAUUUCCCUUAUGAAGAGGAUUCAAGACCUCGCUCCCAGUCUUCCAAAGCUGCUAUCCCUCCCCCAGUAUACGAGGAACAAGACAGACCCAGAUCUCCGACUGGCCCUGGCAACUCCUUCCUUGCCAACAUGGGUGGCACAGUAGCACAUAAAAUCAUGCAGAAGUACGGCUUCCGGGAAGGCCAGGGUCUUGGGAAGCACGAGCAGGGGCUGAGCACAGCACUGUCAGUGGAGAAGACAAGCAAGCGAGGAGGCAAGAUCAUUGUGGGUGAUGCCACAGAAAAAGAUGCAUCCAAGAAGUCAGAUUCAAAUCCAUUAACUGAAAUACUUAAGUGUCCUACCAAAGUGGUCCUCCUAAGGAACAUGGUUGGUGCAGGAGAAGUGGAUGAAGACUUGGAAGCAGAAACCAAGGAAGAGUGUGAAAAAUACGGCAAAGUUGGAAAAUGUGUGAUAUUUGAAAUUCCUGGUGCCCCUGAUGAUGAAGCAGUACGAAUAUUUUUAGAAUUUGAGAGGGUCGAGUCAGCAAUUAAAGCUGUUGUUGAUCUGAAUGGGAGGUAUUUUGGUGGACGGGUGGUAAAAGCAUGUUUCUACAAUUUGGAUAAGUUCAGGGUCUUGGAUUUGGCGGAACAAGUCUGAUUUUAAGAACUAGAGCACGCGUCAUCUCCGAUGGUCCUUAAGUGAGCUGCAGGCUGAGCAGAGACGGAAAAGGCAUCAGCCGGCCUGUGUGGCUGCUGCGUAGAGAGACUCUUGGAAGGACUUCUAAGAUAUAUGUUGAUUGAUCCCUUUUUUAUUUUGUGGUUUUUUAAAUAUAGUAUAAAAAUCCUUUAAAAAAAACAAUCUGUGUGCCUCUCUGGUUGUUUCUCUUUUUUUAUUACCACUUCUGAGGUGAUUACAUUUUUUGCUAGGAUUUCAUGAUAAUUCUCAAGUGCUUCAGUGAUAUAGCAUUUCUUGCACUAAAAAAUCUAGAAAGUUUUGGGAUAUGGGGUUGUAUUGUUAUCCUUUGCUUUUCUUUCUUUUUGAUUAAUUUUAAUAAAACCUGCAAGUUACUAAACUGUAGCUUCAUAAAUUCUAUAAUAAAGCAUCAUCUUGGCAGUCUGCCAAAGGUGAAAAUGUUUGCUUUCUCUAACAGAGAAGUUCUUAUUGACUCCAGUCAUAGAAAACUCUUUGUGACGUGAGCUAAGGUUGAAGAAUUGCGAACCUACCAUGACUGUUUGGUUAAAUCAUCUUUGGUGAAGUUAGACUGUGGGGUGUGUGGUGGGUGUAGGGGUAGAUGGGUGUAAAAACCAUGGAUCUAGCACUUGUUUUCAGAGACUCACCUAUCGUCUCAGUGCAGGUCGGAAGUGACAUGUUGAUUCUAGAAUUCACAGGUACAUUUUAAAUGUAUGUCCAGUUAUAUUUUGGAAAUGGCUCCUCGGGGGUCACGUUUCUACUGGCAAAAUUCUCAGUAGUGUUAGUUCUCAUAUGUAAUUUUUAAAUUUAUAAACUGUUUCCACAUAAGCUACUUAACCUGUAUUGCCAGUUGAUAGAAUUCUGGAAUUGUGAAAAAUUGUACCAUUGAAAUGUGGUUAUGUGUGGCUUAAAAAUGUAGCAGGACCACACACACACACAAAACAACAACCAGAUGAUACUACUUGGUACUGAGGUUCAUUGCCAGCACGGGAAGUGUUUCCAGAAUAUACUGUGCCUGUGUUCUGUUCCUUGCUUGCCUACGUACUGCGUGUCUUUCCCGGAGUGGCCGCUGGAGAGCACGCAUCUAUGUUGUCUCUGGGUGAUUACCACAUGGAAGUGUGUUGUGACCCUGUGGGGGAAGAAAGCACUCAACAGUUCUUUGCAUCCAUGGUUUGGAGACAUAAGGAAUAUUCUGACCCUUUUUAAAAAAGGAUUUUCUCAUGUUUUUAUUUAACAUAAAUAAAAGAAUAACAUUU